AUGCCUGGUAAUGGCGGUAUGGUAAAACCAACGCAUCUUCCUCAUCAGAAAGUGCGAGGCAUGCAAAGGCUCCGUCGUCAGGAGCUAGACCCUGAUGCUCGUCCGCGCAUUACACGCACUACUGAUUAUGAUGGUGAUCCCGCUACUGCGAUAGUGGCGCCUUAUUCCACACGGUAUGACGAUGACGGUGACCCAUCCACCACGCUCGUACGUACACUUAGCACCUUGGAAGGCAAUCGUGCCUCCAUUCGUUCUAUCUCCAGGAGUUUAAAAAGCGAUGGCAUGUUUACUGCCACUGACGCUGAUGGUGACCCUAUCAUAACCCCAUCGAGCACAUCAAGUUCUAGCACUGGUACUGCAACUGCAACGGAAGGCGCUGGACGCACCAGCAGCUCGAGUAUCACCGAUACGUCUCCAUCCCCCACCAGCACGUCUAGUAUGUCGAGCACAUCGUCCUCGUCAUCCAGCUCACCUCGCUCCUCGUCAUCCUCGUCGUCGUCCUCUUCAUCUUCGACGUCGUCUUCUUCAUCUUCGUCGUCUAGGCAAAGAAACAGCUCAUCUGAUGGCUCAAGCACAUCUACGAGGUCGACAAUCGAUCCUGCUACUGCUGCACCCUCCUCUGCGAAGCCGGCUCAGACUGGCUCUCCAAAAAGUCUUUCUUCCGAUGAUGACUCACACGCUGGUGCCAUUGCUGGUGGUGUGGUCGGUGGUGUGGUCGGUCUCGCAGUAGUGAUCGCCUUAGCGGCUCUUCUUGCAUGGUAUCUUCGCCGUAAGCGCAGUAGCGCUGCACCGACCGCCGCUGAGCCAACGGAUACCACCGAGUUCCCGACUGGCUAUGACGAUUAUGACCCCUCCGGUGGCGGGUCUAACAAUGUGGUACACAGGCCCGUAUUUUAUGAUGCGCCUGCCACCGCACCUGAACAAUCGGCGCCGGCCAGUGGUAUGCAAGAACUGCUUGCGACGGGCGCUGUACCGGGAGCUGGCGCCGCUGCAGCAGCUCCUGCUAAUACGUCACCGCCAUGGCCAGCAGCACCUGCACCUGCACCUAGAGGAACACCACCUGUCUCUGCACCCAAUGUGCCUGCAAAGACAAACACUCCUCGUGAUAUCAGUAGCGGCAGGCUACAAAACGCUGCGGACGAAGCCGGUGUACAGCGCCAGACGUCGACUCGUCCUAUGAUGCAAGCUCCUGUUGCCAUACCAGCGACUGACUCGCAACGCACGCCGAAGCAGACGACUACCAGGCCACGUGUGUCUCCCGCAUAUGCCGCAACCCCCCCUCAGGGUGUGCAACGUACCAGUGGUGGAGCAACUACGCAUGCUACGGAAUUUUAUGAGCCGAACAACCAGAUGCUCUCUGCUACAUACGAGGAUGCGUGGGCUAGUUCGGAUAGUCCCUACGGCCGUGCAGGUGUUGGCCGUGUGAUGGAAGAGGAUCCACCCCCACCACGUGCUUUCCACAUGCAGCCUGGCCAAGUGUACACUCAUGCUUCUCCGCUGGGUGCAUUCACGCAUUGA